ACUGAUUUAGGGGUACGACUACGACGAUAGAGAUAGCUGGCAAACAGAACUGAAGAAGAGAAGGGAGGGUUUGGGUUUGGGAGAUCGUCUCGUCUGUUUCUGUUAUUCAAAAAAAAAAAAAAAAAAAAAAAAAAAAAACACGUAUAUCUUCUCAUUCUGAUGCUUACUUUCUCUAUAUAUUGAAUUCAAGGCCUGAGCUUGAUUUGCUUCUUUAUUUCCAAUUUCUACUUUACUUCUUUCAGCACCCUAGAAGCUUCUAAAAGACCAUGCUGGACGAUAUGCAACUGGAGAUGAAGUCUACUUGGCUGAUUUGUUUCUAGCACCACAGAUUCAUGGAGCAAUUAAGAGGUUCAAUAUUGACAUGGUUCAGUUCCCCCUCUUGUCUCGGUUGAAUGAUGCAUACAGUGAGCUACCGCCAUUUCAAGAUGCGAUGCCAGAGAAGCAACCAGAUGCUCCUCCACAUCAUUAGUCAGUUAACGUUGUCUUAUUUUCAGCAACCGUAUGGGAUUCAAUGGAUCUUUUAAAUAGGUGGAGAUCCGAAGUAGGGCUGCAAAAUUUUGUAAUUCUAUGCAGAAACUUAUGGAAGUGAUGGAAUAAAGUUGUAAACUAUAU